AGACACUAAAUUUGUGAAUAUUACCCAUUAGAAAUGCAUUUUACUUGUACCAAAGUACAUACAUAUGUACCAUAUUAGAUGUAUAUCACGCAUGUGGAGGUUUAGGAUUGUCUAGGUUGGAUAUGACUUAGAAUGACAAUUUCCGGGUGAAUUUUAAUGAUAGAAUAUGGAUAAUACCGACAGGGAUCCAAUUUUAAACACUGAUCUAUUUGAUCCUGAGAGUGAUCGUCAGGAAUCAUAUCGUAUACCAACGAGAAGAACAGAGAGCUACACACCAUAUGUACCCAAUCAGUCUAUUUCUCUGGAAGAUGAAGACACAGAACCACUGAUCUCUGGAAAGGAGGACCCUGUAAAUAAUACAAAGUUCUGUUUAAGAUCCGCAUACACACCUGAGGAAGAGCAUGGUAAGAAUUCGGUUUUUCGAUACCUUCCUGUGCUAUUUGUCCUUUUCAUAUUCAGCACUAUAUAUGGCUUAUUUUUCGUUUAUCACCUGAAACCGGAAAUAAAUCAGGAUUUAAGUCACUAUGGUACGAUAAGUGAUAAGGUUUUUGCGGAAAUCGCGAUUACUCAUGUUUUAUUAGUGUUGUUCUUGUUGAGCUACAUACUUUGCAUGAUGGUGAGCCCAGGUACCAUUCCAAAUACAAGCGAAUGGAGUUUAACCAAUGGUCAGAAUGUAGAUAACACGUCCUUGGUGUUUGAAACCAAAAAGUCUGGAGCUCGGAGGGUAUGCAAAUGGUGUUCAAAAUACAAACCGGACAGAACACAUCACUGCAGGGUUUGUGGAAUCUGUGUAUUAAAAAUGGAUCAUCACUGUCCAUGGGUUAACAAUUGUAUCGGGUGGAAUAAUCACAAAUAUUUCUUUCUUUCUGUAUUUUAUUCAUCGGUUUUAUCUACAUAUAUCGCAAUUCUCUAUUAUCCUACUGUGAGGCAUAUUUUAAACAAUCAAAUAAUGCCAUUUGGGGAACUUAUGCUUAUAGUACUCUCCGAAGUUUUGUCCGUGAUUUUUGCUAUUGUCUGCACAUGUUUUCUGCUCUUUCACACAUGGCUAAUGUGUGAAGCACUGACAACCAUUGAAGUCUGUGAAAAACGUUCGUACAGCAAUAUGUUGUUGGAGCGUUCCAUAUGGUCGAAUGGCCUAUACGACAAUAUAAAAUGUGUCCUUGGAAAGAACCCAUUAUUGUGGCUUAUUCCAAUAGAUGAUCGGGAGGGCGAUGGCAUUGCAUUUGUAAGGACCGAAAGGUGUGGCGAUAAAGAAUUUUAUGAUGACAAUGAUCAUACGUAUGAUGAGAAUUCUGUAUUUGUUAAAUUGGCCAGAGAAACACGACAGUUCAAUCCUAUAGUCAUUGAUGAAACUCUGCAAGAUGCUUAA